AUGACAAACCAUGCUAUUCAUGGCAAGCAAUGGAACGGUGUGUGGGCAAUCCUUGCAUCUCAAUACUGUGCCGACAAAAACGAGAGACCUCGAAAGCGCUCUCGACGAAGGAUAUUACAUGAGCUGCAACCAUUAUCAACGGUGCCUCUGGAACCAAAGAUUCAAGUUCAAGACUAUUUUAUUUCGCUGUGUCAGCGAACCGAAGACGCUCACAUGGCUCUCGAAGCAUUAUUGAACUCGGACCAAACCCCAUUAUCAGUAGAGAAACUCCGUCGAAUCCUUGACCAAGGUAUUUUAAUAAACCGACGAUCGCAAUCGGGAAGGACAUUCUUACAUGAGUGCUGUACCGCAGAUUACGUUGAUGCUCGAGUAGUUCAUCGAUGCGUCCAAGAACUGUUGACAAGGUAUCAAGCAGACCCGAACAUUCUUACCACUGGGGAAACGGACGGAGAUAGGCCAGCAAUAUUCUUUUCCAUUUCUCGUCUAAUGCCCAGUGUGACGGCAGCCCUGAUUCAGGCCGGUGCAAACAGUAAGGUACAAGUUACGGGAACUUUUCGUCUUGUUUCCAACCCAGCAGAGACAUUCAGCGGGACUUUCACACCGGUGGAAUUUGCCCGACGACUGAAGGAAGAAGAAGGAAGACUUGAAGCUGAAAAGAUAGCAAAGCCGCUGUCGCAAUAUUGGCGUAACCGAUUACGCAAUCUCAUUGCAACGCUUUCCGAAACAUGA